AGAGUUUGUGCAGUUCUAAAAAAUUGGAUCUGCAAUGGAGAUUCUUCAUUCAGUUUGUAAAUUAAAGAAUCCAAGUUCCACAGUUAGUUGUGAGGGAUGCAAAGAUGUAGCUCUCUCUGUAGAAAGCACUUAUGACCGUAUCUCAGAGCAAGGCUACUCUAAUGGCCAUGCUAAAACAAAUACAUCUUUCAACUCUACAAUGCAAUCUGAACUACCUGACAAGGCUAUUGUUUUCUCCCAAUGGACUUGCAUGCUGGACUUACUUGAGAUUUCAUUAAACCAAUCAUGUAUACAGUACAGGAGACUUGAUGGGAGGAUGUCUCUGGCAUCAAGAGACAGGGCAGUGAAAGAUUUCACCGCUGAUCCAGAGGUGACUGUCAUGAUCAUGUCAUUGAAGGCUGGAAAUCUCGGUCUAAACAUGGUUGCUGCCUGUCACAUUAUUCUUCUAGAUCCUUGGUGGAGCCCAACUACCGAAGAACAAGCUACUGACAGGGCACAUCGAAUUGGGCAUAGCUUUAUAAAGUACGCUCCUAAGAAAACUAUUCAGAGGACUAGCAAACAAACUGUGAAUGAUAGACGAAGGCAAGAAAAGAGUCCAGCAUCCUAA